AUGCUAGACCUCGUCAUAAUCGGCGCCGGCUUCUCCGGUCUUCAAGCUGCAGUCACCGCCCAAAAAGCCGGUCUAUCGAUCGCAAUUCUCGAAGCUCGCGACCGUGUUGGUGGUAAAUCCUGGACUGUUCCACUCAAAAACGCAAACGGAAAAGCAGAUCUCGGCGCUGCUUGGGUGAAUGAUGAACUACAACCCCUCGUUUGGUCGUAUAUCCAACAAUUCGGACUCGAGGAUCAAAUCGUGAAGCAAAGACUUGGCCAUAAGGCUGUCAUGGUCAGUGCAGAUGGGGAGAGGAUUGAGUUUCCUUUUGGUAUCACGCCUGAUUUUACGCAUGAAGAGAAAACGAAUCUUGAGAUGGCUAGGGAUCACAUCCAAGCUGAAUCUUUGAAGCCCGAUGGAUUCCGGAAAGAUGAUGAUCAGAUCAGUUUGGAUCAAUAUGUUCGAAAUCUCGGCGGCGGCUCCAAAACUCUCGAGAUGGUGAAUCUUUGGGUUCGAGUUAUGCAUGGUCUAGAAUCGACUGAAGAAUCCGCAGCCUGGUUCAUCGAAUACUGCCGCACAAACCAUGGUCUUCUAGCUAUUCGAGCAGAUGAUCGCACGGGUGGUAAUUACUUGCGCAUCAAAUCCGGUACACAAUCCAUCGCCAAGGGCAUGGCUGAUCUCAUCGGCCAUGAGAACAUCCACUUCUCAAGCCCCGUUGCUUCAAUCGAGCAAAGCAAGUCAGGUGUCGCUGUGAGAACGACGACUGCAAAGGUUAUCAAGGCCAAGAAAGUCAUCAUCUCGAUACCUUCAGCUAUGCUCAAAGAACUCACCUUCUCACCCCCUUUACCUAAGCGAGCACAGGAGGUCUCCAAUAACACCAAAUUGGGUCAUUACAACAAAGCCAUUGUGUUUUACAGCAAACCUUGGUGGCGCGAUGGUGGAUUCAACGGCUUUUUCAUGGACUUCCGCGGCCCAGCCUGCGUUGUACGCGAUACCUCUUUCGACGAUGAAGGUAUCUACGGGUUCACUUGUUUCGUCAACGGUAAACCCGGUGAAGAAUGGAGUAAACAGUCCCCUGAGACUCGACGAACGGUUAUUCUUGAUCAACUCGCGUACGCUUUCGAUUCGUCGGAAGCUUAUAACCCGCUUGAGUUUGUUGAGCAGAUCUGGCAGAAUGAGGAGUUUAGUCGUGGCGCUCUUGCACCCGUCACAAAGAUCGGACAUCUUGCCAAGUAUAGGGAUAUAUAUGGUAAACCGGUGGGAAACAUUCACUUUGUGGGAACCGAAUAUGCGACGCACUGGAAGGGAUAUCUUGAGGGUGCUUUGACGUCGGGACAUGCUGGGGCGAAGGAGGUUAUUGAGGCGCUGAAAGAUCAAUCUUUGCAGGCAAAGCUCUAA